CUGCACUGGAAAAUGUCUGCUAAGCUUUUUGUGUCCUUUUUCUUUAAAAGUCUCAGUGAGAACAUGGUUAUCUUUGCACAUUGACGCAGGUUAUCUAUCUGUAAAUGUGUAAAUGCUUCAUAUUUCACAGACAGAAGGUGUUGUGUUGGAUCUUGGCUCAUUCACAUGUGAGUUUUACUCCAGCAAUGGAACCCUGGCCUAUUAUGGCCUGGGGCUUAAUGCUGAGUGCCAUCACUGGCUGGAUGAAAACAGUUCAAUCGAGGGACUUCACAGAAAAAGACAUAAUUUUCCUUCAUCCCUCCACCACUCCAUAUCCAGGAGGAUUUAAAUGUUUUACUUGUGAAGAUGCACCUGACAACUAUGAAUGCAAUCGAUGGGCUCCAGAUCAGUAUUGUCCAAGAGAGAGCAGAUACUGCUUCACACAUCAUAAGAUGAGCUGGAAUGGAAGCACGGUUGCGGUGACGAAACGCUGCGUGGCGCUGGAUGACUGUCUAACAACAGGGUGUUCUGAUAUAGAUCAUGAAGGAAACAAGGUGUGCACAUCCUGUUGUGAAGGGAACAUUUGCAACUUGCCCCUCCCGAGAAAUGAGACUGACGCCAUUUUUUCCACCACGUCCCCCAUUAACAAGAGCUUAAGACUAACACAGAGUCACGUGCUGCUGUCUGUCUCUAUCUUCAGUCUGUUGCUCCACAGUAUUAAAUAAGAGACUCGUCCAUGACGAAUAAAACCUUCAUGGCAGAAAGUUGACUCGUUCCAGUUGGGCUUUACGUUCCUUUAAAUGAAGUGUUAAUUGUUCAACUUUUUUUCAGUUGAUAAAAAGGUUUCAUGAUUUCUGCAUUAAUGUUUGCUAUGUGAAACUCCAGGAUGUGCAAGCGUCAGUGAUGUGGGUUUAAAUCUUUGGAGCCAUGUCCCUUAAACUGUGUGAAAAAUCUGAUUGCAUUGUUGGGCAGUGUUGGGGUGUAAAGGGGGAUAUUUAUGUCAAAACUGAAACAAACCUGCACAAUUUUGUCUUUAAUCAAUGUGAGUUGUGUUUUAUACAUUUGUAUAGAUAUAUUUAUUUUUUUAUCAUCCAUUUGUUGUAGGAAACCUUAACAGUUUGUUAGUUAAGUUAUCCCUGUAGAUAAAGCAUUAUGCAAGAGGUAAAGCUACACAACUUUUCCACCAAAAAUAGGUAACUACUGUCAUCAUUGUUGUCAUGUGGUUAAGGUCAAAUGUUGUUGUUGUUAACAUUAAAAAAGGGCUUGGCAUCUAGGAAACAGUACGGACAGCUACCUUCCUCAGCCGUACAGUAUACAAUAAACAGUCUAUUCAGCUUUUGCACUUUCCAUUUGUUCUUGUAUCAUAUUGACACACAUAUCCUUAAAGCACUUGUGUACAGAUAUUUGUCACGUUGAUGUGUAGUGAACUUAUAAUGCUUUAAUAUCAUGUGGCCUCCACAGUAUAACACAGUGAAGGGCUUUUAUAUUAUUAUUAUUAUUAUUGUUAUUACUAUGUAUGUAUGUUCUUAUAACACAUUUGUCAGUCAGUUCUGUACUGUAAAAUCACAAUUCUUGGUUGACAGAGCAGUCAGCAAAUAAAGUGUUGAGUUCAGUGUUAUUUUAUUCAGGCUGUAAUGUAUCAUUUGUUUUGGCGAUCUUUCUUCAAGCUGUAAAUGAAGCUGUUUCUUAUCUGUUUGUUUAGCGUUCACACUGAAAUCACAUUAGUAAACUAUAAAGGGCAUGAUGAUCGCAUAAGGGUUAUUGUCUCUUUACUCAGGUAAUUAUAGACCAAGCCAGUGCCAGUUAACUAAUACCUGAAUAAACUUUAACCUAUAGGUGUAUCCACAUUAAAAAAUUAUAAAAUGUGAUGUUUGAGAAUCAUCCUUAGUUCAGAGUUAUAACAUCAUGUACAUAAAAAUCAUAUCACUUUAAUCAUAAAUGUAACAAAUGAAACACAAUUUGUAACAAGGUUGCAUGAUUUUUACUCUUAAGAAUGCUGCAUUAGUGUGUGCCAAGGUUCGUUGGAAAUGUAGAUAUUUUUUCUACCCUUUUAUAAUAUUCCUCUAUUCUUGAGUUUGUACUUUUUGGAUAUCUUUUGAAAUAAAUGCGUAACACCUUU